GCUGUGUCUGCCGGUGCAGGCAUCCACGCACCACACACGAUUUUAGUUAACAUGAUCAGCGAGCAAAGUAAAAGCUUGUCUCUUUUAAGCAUGUAACUUGUAACUGGCUACGCUGCGGCUGCCAGUCUACUUAGCUAACUAUGUCUGUAACCACGUGUAUCAUAACACUCCUCUUUCUAAAUGUAUAUACACUUGCACAUGUUCAAACAAACGAAGCAAAUGUUACCGAAACUAGUGUUCAAUUGUACGAAAAAGGUGUUGAAGCUUAUUUAGAAAAUAGGUGGGCAGAUUGUGUGGUUUAUUUUGAAAAAGCGCUCGGCAAAUAUCGCAAAUAUAGGAAAAAAGUUCAAAGUUGCAGAUUAAAGUGUAAAAAUGAAGCGGAAUUUUCUGAGCCCCUAUACCCCGUAGAUAAUGAUAAUUUGUUAUUUUUUGAAAGAGCCAUAAGACAAACUUUAUGUAUAAUGGAAUGCGAGAAUGAUGAUCCAGAAAUUUUGGAGAACUACAUUGUUAAUAUGGAAACCGGUAAUUUAUUUGAAGAACAGAGACCCUACGAAUAUUUACACAUCUGUUAUUUUCAGACUAAUGAUAUAAUCAAGGCUGCAUCAUCAGCGUUUACAUAUCUGGUUGCACAUCCUGAUAACAAAGUCAUGGCCAGUAAUCUGAAACACUACUUCGACCACAACAUAGAUAAGAAAGACAUUGUAAAUUACGAAGCCAAAGAUUAUGUAUACUUAUAUGUUCAUGGAGCUGAAUCAUAUGAGCACAAAGAUUGGCAAUCUGUCAUAUUUAAUAUGGAAGAAAGUUUGACGGAAUAUAUACAAGCAGAAGAAGAGUGCAGAGCGCAAUGCGAAGGUCCUUUUGACCAUGGAUGGUAUCCGGAUUUCAUACCAUCAAUUUCAAAUCACUUUACAGUGUGUUUGAAGUGCAAACAGAAAUGUAGGAAAACCUUAGGCUCACUAAAUGGAGAAAUCCACGAUGAUCUUCUUCCUAGUCAUUAUCAUUAUUUACAAUAUGCUUAUUAUAAAACUGGAAAUUUAAAGGCCGCUUGUCAGGCAGUUGCUAGUUAUCUUAGGUUCUACCCUGAUGAUGAAACUAUGUUGGAUAAUUUGAGAUAUUAUUCGAAACAACCCAAAGUUCAAGAAGAUUACUUCCAUCCAAGAGAGGAAGCUGUGCGAUAUAUGCAGAGACAAAUUUACGAAAAUAAAAUCCUUAAAUUUGUAAAUAAAGAAUUUAACACAACUUUGAAGAGCAAAUUGAAAUCUGAGGAACUAGAGAAGAAGCUUUACGUAACUAUGAACGAAAAGGAGCUAAAAGGUUCAAAAAGAAUAGUAAUGGAUGGAUUAGCAACAACCAAAGAAUGUCAAACUCUUACGGAAAUAGCCAAAUAUUUUGCUAUAAUAGGAGAUGGGUAUGACGGACGAAGAUCACCACAUACUAAAAUGGAGAAAUUUGAGGGCAUUACUUUAAGCAGGACGUUGUUCUUAACAUAUUUUAAACUGCUACGUCCCAAAUACUUGGACAUGUUUUUAAGGGUAACUGAAAACACCAGAAAAUAUAUUAAGAAGUAUUUUAAAAUAAAGAAAAAAUUAUACUUUUCCUUUACACACCUCGUGUGUAGAACAGCUUUACCAGAUUCUCCAAAAAUUCGAACGGACUUAAGUCAUAAAAUUCACGCUGAUAACUGCAACAUUUUGAAAAAUCAAACAUGCGUAAAGGCCUUUCCAGCAUUUACUUGGAGAGACUAUAGCGCUAUAUUGUACUUGAACGAUGAUUUUGAGGGCGGAGAAUUUAUAUUUUCAUCCGAUCUUAAUGGAUUAAAUAUACAGAGUAGUGUAAAGCCAAGAUGUGGAAGACUUGUAGCUUUUUCAUCCGGACCUGAAAACCUGCAUGGUGUAAAGGCUGUCAAAACAGGUUCCAGGUGUGCCAUAGGGAUUUGGUUUUCGCACGAUCCAAAGUACGCGGAUAAAGAUAGAAAUGUAGCACUACGCGUUUUGGAAAAUAAUUUGGAUUUCCAUUUGGAUCCUUCUAUUGAUAUAACUGGAUUCAAUUUUGACGUUAAAAAUGACAAGAAACUGAAGACUUAGAUUAUUUUAUACGGUCUAUAAAUUUGAUAAUGAAAUAGGUAAUAUAAUGAUUGAUAAAAGGUUUAGGACAUUAUUUGAACAAUCUUUAUAAAACAAUUUAACUGCUAAACUAUGUACGUAUUUCAUUAUCGAAUAGCAUUUGCGUAUUGUACACCUAUGGUUUCGCAUAAGUAUUAUCAAAAAAAGAAAGCUUUUUUAAAACUAAUCUUUUACUAAGAUUUGAAUUAACAUUCCAUGUUGUGUUGAAUUUCCUGCAAAUCUAACUUUUUAUCAAAUUUAGAACUAAAUGUAUUAUACCUAAGGAUAGGAUAUAAGUACCUGCUUAAAAGUCUGAUUUUUUAUUAUUUAUCCAUAUAAAAAUUUCUUGGUACUUAAUAUUAUUAAUAGGUAUGAAUUAUUUAUUUUGAUUGUAAGAAUUUAUUUCUAAAUGUAUUUGUUUCGUUUGUUUUAUCUAACACUAGUGAUUUUAAUGCUUAGAAUUAUUAAUAAACAGAUUAAUAAUUAUUAACGGGUAAACUUUCCUUGGAGGUUAAGUAUUGUACAAGAACUAAAUGUUCUAGUCACUUUAAUGUUAUCGUUUUGAGGUUGAUUUUUUACUUUGUAGUUAACACUGUUUGACUAAUUAUAUUGUUCCUUUUUUUAUAUUUUUAUAAAAUAUUUUACGUUU